AUGAAGGUUCUAGCAGCACUUUGGGCAGUGUCUCUGGUGGGACUCUGUCAUGGUGGAGAGCUCGGUAAUCUCCGUAAAGGGGUUGUGGAUGUCCCACUUGACCUCUCUUCUCCGGAUCCUUCAUUGGCCAGAGACUAUAAAAGUAUUGUGGACGGAGUAGUCUAUUAUUCCUACUUUCCCAAGGGACAAUUCUUCAACAAGGUCGUAGAUGGUGGAGUUACUCUCUGGGAAGCUGAAGGAGAAGAGAGAUGUGAUGUACUAUUCUCGAAUGUCGGUGAUAGAACAAGAGUCAUUCUCCAUGUUUGGCCUAAUAGCACAGAAUCCAAGAUGUUGUACUAUGAGAAUGUAGGUGGAGAAUGGAAGCUGGUAACUAUAAGAGUUAAAGGCGUUCCAGAAUCAGAGGAACCAGUCUCUCCAAAGGAGCAUGCAGCUGAGCUUGAUUUUGCUACCCUUGGGUGCCCAUUAGGAGGAUGCUCAGGUUCAGAAGCUAAGCCAAAGGUCACUCUUCCUCCCACAGAAUCUAACAAUAAUGGUGAAGAUGCGAGUGAAAACAAGGUGGAAGGAGGUACUCCAGACGAUGAGGAAGAGUCCGGUGAAUCGCAACCUAAGGAAGUGGAUAAAGAGGAGCCUGACCAGCAGUCGAAUGAGUAUGCAGCUGGACCAGUUGCGGAUCCUCAAGAAUCUGGAGAUAUACAUUAUGAAAGUUCUCCAAGUACCGCUGCAGAACCAUCACCAACUGAAGAUACUGAACAGACUGCCGUUUCUUCAAGUGACCCCGUAGAUCAGCAACCUACAGAGGUGAAUGAGCUUCAGGAGUCUGAGCCUUUACAGUCUACUGAAUCUCCUCAAGAAGUAGCAUAUCAACAGAGUGAGGCUCCUUUAGAGGAUCCCAAGCCAGUAUCUAAUGAGGAAGAGCCUACUACUGAACCAAAAGUAUCUACCUCUGAAAAAUCAAAUGAGGUAGAAGACUCUGAAGAGACUCUUGUAGAAGAAGUACAGCCAGAAGUUGCUCCUGCAGAAUCUCCAGAGGAUGAUGAACCUGGGAAUGGAUCAGAAAAGGAGUUUGGAGAUUCAGAGUCGACUGGGUAUGAAUCCAGUGACAAUAAUUUACCAGAAACUAAAGUAGAAGAGCCAGAAGAACCUACUAAGCCUGCAAACUCUUCCCUUUCCAAAGUUGACUCUACCCUAUUCAAUGUAGAAGAGGGAGAGGAAGAUGCUGUUAAGGUUCUUAAACUGAAGGCUAAGGAGGGUACCUCUACAAACAGGCUUUUAUACGAUAGUCAGACAGUUUGGGAAGAUAAGAAAAAGUUAUGCUCCUCGGCUGUAUUGUAUCUGGAUGGAGAAAAGCCUACUCUUGCAGUACUUGUCACCAGGGAUAAGAAUAAUAAGCAGGGAAAAGUCUACAGAUACCAUGAUGGAAAGCAGUGGAAGGAUGGUAGAGAGGGUACUCAUAAAACUAGACUCAAGAAGCUAAAGGAGAAAUAUGAACCCGAAAAGACUCUGGAUAUUUCAAAGAGGGAGGAUACGGAUGUGGGCAUGUAUUUUAAUGACGCUAAUGACGAAUCUUUACAUAUUUUCGAUCCCAGAAGUACCAGAGUAACCAAAGUAGUGGAUGGCGAAAAUGUUAUUUGGCAAGCUGGAAAGAAUGAGAAAACCUGUACAUGGGCACGACUUAUCGUUUCAGAAGAUAAGAAAGAUUUGAUACUAACGAUAAAAUCCGAUAGGGAAAGAGAAGUAGAAUUCAGGAAGGUUGACGAUAAAUGGGAGAGGAUUUCGGAGACUACAGAUUAG